AUGGAACAGAGCCAUCUCUAUCUGCAUAAAUUCUACGCCCAGAUCAGUCCAGGGCCCCUCAUAGUCAGCGCCACUGGCCUUCAUCCGCAGAGCAGACCGGCAACGCAGCAACCCGAGCACAUUGACGAGCUGGUGGCUCUGGAGCUGCAGCACCUGAAGACGCACUACGCCGACGAGGAGCAACGGUAUGUGGACCAGAUGCUGCUCGCGAACCCCAUUGUGGUGGAGCGACGGGCCCAACCUAGACCGGAGACGACAGCGUCCGGCGCACCAUCCCCGACAGAGGCAUCCAGAACAGUACCAGCGCCAACACCCUCGCCCAGAGCCACAUCCGCAGCCGCUCCAAUGGCCAGCAGUCGCCACGACACCCAGCGGCAGAGGGCCGAGUCCUGCCGCAAGUCGCGCUACAACAACAAGAUCAAGAAGGCCAAGCUGCGCUUCCGUCACAAGUUCGUCAGCAGCCAGCUGACGGAGAGCGCCGGAGUGCUGGACCACAUGCGGGAGGUGAUCGCUCAGGCGGAGGCGGAGCUGCUGGCGCGGGGCUUCAAUAUGGGAGCCCUGGAACGCAUGCGCAGGAACUUCGGCGUGGAUCGGUGCAUGACAACGGCCAUGGACCAGUGA